AUGGUGGUGAAGCGGAGCCAAGCGCAUUUGAGCAAGGAUUCAAAGGUGGAAGUUUGCAGCAACGAAGAGGGUUACAGAGGUGCAUGGUUCCCAGCCAUAAUCCUUGACCCUCAACCCCCCGAUCUCUCACCGAAGAAGAAAAGGAAGAAACUUGGCAACUCAAGCAACGCUCUGGUGCAGUACGAGAAUCUGGUCUCUGAAGAUGACCCAAACAAGCCACUCACUGAGCUCGUUGACGUGCGCUCCAUCCGGCCAGUGCCCCCUCCUGACAAUCUUGACCAGCCCUUGGAGCUAGCCGACGUCGUAGACGCUUCUUACCUUGAUGCUUGGUGGGUGGGGGUUGUGAUGAGGUUUGAGGAUGACAAGUAUACAGUGGGUUUCAAAUGCCCACCUGAUCUGCUUGAGUUAAGGCGCUCUGAGCUGCGGCCUCAUUGGGAUUUGCAGGACGGCAUAUGGGUUCGUGCCCGGAAGAAGGAACUUGUGAUUUUAUGGAGUUUAAAGUUUGGAUUUUUUGAGGUCUUUACUUAUAUGUUUGCAAAAAGAAAACUGAUAUUUCUCACUAAUGGUUCGAAGAGGAUGGCGGGAUCAUUUUUCAGCCCUGGGACAGCAGUGGAAGUGAAUCUCAACAGAGAACAUCUAUUCUGUGCUUGGUUCCCAGCAAUUUAUCUUGGUGAACUAGGGGUCAACUCUUUCUUGCUUCAAUAUAAGAGCUCUAACAACUGCGAUGUUAAAGUGGUUGUAGGUGGGAAACAGAUUCGGCCUCCGCCUCCAAAGUUGGCGGAAAGAGAUUUUAAGUUGGAGGAAAAGGUGGAUGCAUUUUUUGAUAUGGGUUGGCGUGUCGGAGUGAUUAAAAAAGUUCUUACAGGAAAAAAGUAUAUGGUCAGUUUGAAAUUCACAGAGGAGGUGAAGCAAUACAGUCAGUCAGAUUUGAGGCCUCACAUGUACUGGAUGGAUGGAAGAUGGGUUACUAUGAUCAAUGGAAACUGGAUUCCUUACUUUAAGGAAGGUCACUUUAGUAGGGACUAUGAAGUACGAUCAAAGCUAGCAUGUGAGAGUUUCAGUAGUUCUGAGUUAGCUACAGCACUUGAAAGUUCAGGUGCUACCAAGGAUAAUAAUGAAGAAAAAACACCUUGUUCGAGGAUUUCGUGGAAGAAUCAGUCGGAGGACUUGAGUCCUUGCAUUGAUAAAUCACCUUAUGGAAAGACCAAAAAGAAACUAAAAAUUAAUCACAAACCUAAUGAUGAUGCAACCAUUUUAGGUCUGUCCAAGAAGUUAAUAUGUGGACAUUCAGAAGAUUCCGUAUCUUUUGCACAAUUAUUUCAAAGGAGAACACCAGUCAAAACAUCAAGCAAAGAAGCCCCAGUUAGAGAUGGUGCGAAGACUAAGCAACAGCAGGUUGGAGGACUGAACAAUCAAACAAUAGUUUUUUAUAAACGAAAAGUCAAGGAGGGCAGUGAAAUAAAAAAGGCAAAUGAAGAUUUUGAAGAUGAGUAUGGACGAGACAACAUUGAAUCUUCAGGUAUACAGUCAGAUUUUGAACUAACAGGGGGAUCUCUUGCUGACACAUCAUGUCUGCUGCCCAUGGAGGAGGUUGAGCAGAAUGAAGAUGGAGUGAGCAGUGAAAUAGAAGGGAAGGGAAAACUGCCUGAAUAUCUUAUUGAACACCCAAAAGAUCCAGCAACAGGUGAGAAGCACAAUGGAACUGGAGUUGGUCAAGUUGAAUUGACUAAGACACAAUUUGUCAAUGGUAAUGGUUCUGAAGAAGCCAUGAGAGAGACAAAAAUUGUGGAUUCUGCAAUGGAUUACUUGACAACGGCAUCUGCCCAUGAUCAACCUUUAUCUCUGUGCUGCAUAGAGGAAAUGCAUUCUGUAAAAGCCAUAGAGUGCUCAAGUAACACUACUAGGACUGUCAACCAACAAAAUGAGGUUAGAGGAACACAAGUUGAGCAACAAGACAGUCCACAUUCGCCUUUUGUGAGAAGUUCUCCAUUUUGGGAAAGUAUUGAAUCCAUGGAAGUAUUCAAAAGAUUUCCGCAAAAGCCACAUUUUCAUCCUCUGGUGAAGUAUAAAGCAGUUUGCCGUGAAGGAUCCGCCCUUGGAAAUAUGAUAACCUUUGCCUCUUUGGUGGAGAAGACUUCCAAGCUGCAAGUUGGCGAUCCUAGAGACUUAUUUGAUAGCAAUUUGGAGGCACUUGUUGACUUGGAAAUGUUGGGAUUUGAUGUAACGGCAGUACGGCAUCGUCUGAAGGAGUUGGUUGAAAUGAAAGUUAAGUUGGGGCAGCUUCAUAACCAAUUAAAAGAAGUUGACAUUCAGAUCACUGAGUGUAGUCUGGACAGAACCAGAAACAAUGAAACCAUCAGUCGGAUUGAUAAGAAGAUUAAGGACUUGAAGGAAAAAGGGGCAACGCUGAUGUCAAUCAAUGUGGCCAAAGGUUCUGAAAUUAGCAAGCUGCAAUCAGAAGCAAAUGCUAUCACUGAAGGCAUUCAGAGCAUCCAUUGUGAUUUUGAGAAAUUAGCUGCAGCAGCAUGGUGAUUGUUGUGAUUCUGAUGGAUGACACCCUUUAGAUUACCACCCCUUUUGCUAACCUUCGACACUUAUAUAA